AUUUCUUCUCAACUCCCCUCGCAGCCUGUGCCUCUCAUUCUCCCAGUACACUGCAGCUCCUCCUUCCACCUCUCUCAUCAGCUGCCCCUCCCUCUUCCCCUCUCCGUCUCUGCUAGGUGCAGCAUGUAUGUGAGCGUGUGUGAGCCAGCCGAGCCGCCUGUGUGUUUACAUGUCAGCCUAUCAGUGCUGCCGGAUUUAGCGCAUCUGGAGAGAACGAAGGCAUUUCUCAAAUGCCCCUCCGACAAGGGGUUCUCAUCGCUGUGUAGAUCCCUCUUUCCCAUUUGAAUCCAGGCUGUCUUGUAUCCUGCAUCCCUGUCUCCAUGCUUUCGGAGGCAUUUUGAAUUUCCUUGGCAACAUGGAGCUGCCUGAAUUAGAAUUCUCUGCAUGACAGUCCUGGUAAGCAGUAGAAUGGUGUCUGGGGAGGCAGGAGGGCACAGCUACUUGGUGGCAUGCUGGCAGCCCAUCCUGAUCCUCAUGCUGGGCACCGUCCUUUCUGGCUCCACCACCGGUUGCCCCUCCCGAUGUGACUGCAGCGGUCAGGAGCGUUCGGUCGUGUGCCAUCGACGAAGACUAGCAGCUCUUCCUGAGGGCAUACCCACAGAAACAAGGCUGCUUGACCUCAGCAAGAACCGUCUCAAAACUCUGGGGAACGAGGAGUUCAUCAAUUACCCCCAGCUGGAGGAGCUGCAACUUAACGAAAACACAAUUUCAUCCAUUGAGCCUGGAGCUUUUAGCAACCUUAUGAACCUUCGAACUCUAGGCUUGCGCAACAACCAGCUGAAGCUCAUUCAGCUGGGGGUGUUCACAGGCUUGACCAACCUCACCCAGCUGGAUAUUAGUGAGAACAAAAUUGUCAUUCUGCUUGACUAUAUGUUCCAGGAGCUGUAUAACCUGAGGGCUCUGGAGGUUGGUGACAAUGACCUAGUAUUCAUCUCACCCCGAUCAUUUCAUGGCCUCAGCAACCUUGAAAGCCUCAACAUCGAGGGAUGCAAUCUUGCCUCAGUGCCCACUGACGCCCUUAGUCAUUUGCAUAACCUUUUGUCACUUCGAUUAAGCUAUCUGAACGUCACUGUCAUUAAGGAUUACUCCUUUAAGAGGCUGUAUCGGCUCAGAGUGCUGGAAAUUUCUCAAAUGCCUGCCCUGGAUACCAUGACCCCAAAAUGCUUGUUUGGACUCAACCUCACAUCAUUGUCCAUCACAAACUGUAAUCUUACGGUCAUCCCCUACCAAGCCAUCAGUCACCUAAGAUAUCUCCGGUUUUUUAAUCUGUCUUUCAAUCCCAUUCAUACUGUGGAAGGGAACAAACUGUUCAAUCUGCAGAAGCUCCAGGCUUUUUAUUUGGCUGGUGGGAGAUUAGCUGCCAUUGAGCCCUACUCUUUCCGAGGACUCAACCACCUCCGUGUACUCAAUGUAUCCAGCAACAGCUUGAACACCCUAGAGGAGUCCGUUUUCCACUCAGUGGGAAACCUGGAGACUCUGGCUUUGUAUGACAACCCGUUGGCCUGCGACUGUCGCUUGCUCUGGGUCUUCCGCCGGCGGUGGAGGCUCAACUUUAACAGACAACAGCCCAUGUGUGCUUCUCCUGAGGUUGUUCAAGGAAAAGAGUUCAAGGACUUCCCAGACAUUCUUCCUUCUGACUAUUUCAUCUGCCAGAAAUCAAAAAUCAUGGAUUAUAAGGUUCAAGAAAGCCAUGUCGAUGAAGGAACUACAGUUCAUUUUGCUUGCCAAGCUGAGGGUGAUCCGGUCCCUGUGAUAAUGUGGCUAUCCCCUAAGAAGGAAUACAUCACUACCAAAACUGUGGGGUCAAGGCUUUCUGUGUCUAAUGAGGGCACGUUGGAGGUGCGUUACGCCCAAAUCCAAGACAACGGCACCUACUUGUGCAUUGCAAGCAAUGCAGCUGGCAAUGACACCAAAGCUGCUCACCUUUUUGUGCAUAGCUAUUCCCCCAAUUGGCCCCACCAGCCAAACAAGACAUUUGCCUUCAUUUCCAACCAGCCCAGCGAUGAAGGUGCUAAUGUGACCCGGGCCACUGUUACAUUUCCGUUUGAUGUAAAGACACUUAUCAUUGCAACCACUAUGGGAUUUAUCUCUUUCCUCGGAGUUGUCCUCUUCUGUCUUGUAAUAUUAUUUCUCUGGAGUCGGGGGAAAGACAAUACUAAGUCAAGUAUAGAGGUUGAAUAUGUGCCACGUAAAGAGGAACCAGAGGAGGCCAGUCCAACCGAGGCACCCAUACAAUUCAACAUGAAAAUCAUGUGAACUUCGAAUGGAAGCCAUGUAAGCUUAUAAACUGCAGUCAGGAUGCAUACUAUCUUCGCUUCAAAUAUGUACUCACUUUAAAAGCGAUAGAAAUUGCACAGCAGCAAAUGCAUCUUGACAUUAUACCCUCAAUUUUUUUUUUUUACUUGAGGGACUGUAUCUUUAAAAGCAAAUGUUGAAUUUAAAAUAUUCAAAUUUCUGUAAAUUUAUAUUGGCAAUAAUUAGUAUGUUAACAUGCACUCAACCACCUUAUGACUGUGUUUAACCAAAUUAAAGUGAUGGUUCGGAGUAAUUUACCCUAGGGUCCUUUGCACCACGACC